UAAGUAUCUGGUGCACCAAAAAAAAAGAUGAUAUAUAUACAUAGUUUUUCCAUGUUCAUAUUCUGAAAACCUAUUUGAUUUGGUGAGAGGAAGCAAAGACGUAAUGGCAGUGGGAAAGAACAAGAGGAUAUCGAAAGGGAAAAAGGGUGGCAAGAAGAAGGCCGCUGAUCCUUUUACCAAGAAGGAUUGGUACGACAUCAAGGCUCCUUCUGUGUUUCAGGUCAAGAAUGUUGGCAAGACUCUCGUCACUCGCACUCAGGGCACCAAGAUUGCUUCGGAUGGACUCAAACAUCGAGUGUUUGAGGUCUCGCUGGCUGAUCUUCAAGGUGACGAGGACCAUGCGUUCAAGAAGAUUCGUUUGAGGGCUGAGGAUGUUCAAGGGAAAAAUGUUCUGACGAACUUCUGGGGAAUGGAUUUCACAAACGACAAGUUGAGGUCAUUGGUGCGAAAAUGGCAAACUUUAAUUGAGGCUCAUGUCGAUGUGAAGACCACUGAUAAUUAUACUUUGAGGAUGUUCUGCAUUGGGUUUACUAAGAGGCGAAGUAACCAGGUGAAGAGGACCUGUUAUGCACAAUCCAGCCAAGUUAGACAGAUUCGAAGGAAGAUGAAGGAGAUAAUGAUCAACCAAGCAACAUCCUGCGAUUUGAAAGAACUGGUCCGCAAGUUCAUCCCUGAGAUGAUUGGCAAAGAGAUUGAGAAAGCAACAUCAAGCAUCUAUCCCCUACAAAAUGUGUUCAUUCGUAAAGUCAAAAUCCUGAAAGCUCCGAAGUUUGAUCUAGGGAAACUGAUGGAGAUUCAUGGAGAUUACUCAGAAGAUAUUGGUACAAAAAUGGAUAGGCCUGUUGACGAAACAGUGGUUGAGGGAGCCACUGAAGUGGUUGGAGCUUGAUUGACUCAUAAUGCAAUUUUGUGAUUUGGAACUGAUAUUGCUUCUAAUUCAGUUUUGUUGACAUUUAGAAACUACAUUUGUUUUUUAGGCCAAAAUUUCUUGUUGGCUUAUUAGUUUUUUGCUGUCAUCUCCAAUAAAUAACUGGUACAAUCUUUGAAUACUAUUUAUGAAGAUGUAUUUAUGUUGCAUAUCA